CCAUUUUCUUCACAUUCUCUUCUAUUUUUCCCCACCAUAGAUUGGCAUGGCUGCACUUACCCCUGUGUUUCUCUUUUUUCUCUUUCUCUCUGCCAAUUCUGAUGAAAGUUCUAAGUUGGAUUCAUCGUGCUUUUCAGCCAUUCCGAUUUCCAACUCGGUUGCUGCUCUCUACGUGUUUGGGGACUCGACCGUUGAUGCCGGCAACAACAAUUACAUCGACAAUGCCGCAAGGGCUAAUUUUUUGCCUUAUGGCAUUGAUUUCAACAACACCCCCACUGGCCGUUUUACCAACGGAAAAACUAUUGCCGAUUUCAUUGCGAUAUUAUAUAAUCUUUCACUACCCCCUCCGUAUUUGAGCUUGAUGGAAGCACAAAGGAAGACCACCAUGGGCGGCAUCAAUUAUGCUUCUGCUGGAUGUGGUAUCUCCCCCAACACCAAACCAAACGAGGUGAAAUAUUUUCAACUUUUCUUGCUUCUUGUGAAUCCUCUAAAUCUGAUUCGUGGGGUUCACCACGGGUUUCCUUUCGAUAAUCUGAAUCGUUGA